AUGAUCGCGACCCAGGCGAAGCUGGUGUACCAGCUCAACAAAUACUACAACGAGAGGUGCCAGGCUCGCAAAGCGGCCAUUGCGAAGACCAUCCGAGAGGUCUGUAAGGUGGUGUCGGAUGUCCUGAAGGAGGUGGAGGUGCAGGAGCCCCGCUUCAUCAGCUCCCUCAGCGAGAUCGACGCCCGCUUCGAGGGGAUGGAGGUCAUCUCGCCCAACGAGUUCGAGGUGGUCCUGUACCUCAACCAGAUGGGGGUCUUCAACUUCGUGGACGACGGGUCUCUCCCGGGCUGCGCGGUGCUGAAGCUGAGCGACGGCCGCAAGAGGAGCAUGUCUCUGUGGGUGGAGUUCAUCACCGCCUCCGGGUACCUCUCCGCCCGCAAGAUCCGCUCCCGGUUCCAGACCCUGGUGGCCCAGGCCGUGGAUAAGUGCAGCUACCGCGACGUGGUGAAGAUGGUGGCGGACACCAGCGAGGUCAGGCUACGGAUCCGGGAGAGGUACGUGGUGCAGAUCACCCCCGCCUUCAAGUGCACUGGGAUUUGGCCUCGAAGCGCCGCUCAGUGGCCCAUGCCCCACAUCCCCUGGCCCGGGCCGAACCGGGUCGCAGAGGUCAAAGCCGAGGGGUUCAACCUCCUGUCCAAGGAGUGCUACUCGCUCACAGGGAAGCAGAGCUCUGCAGAGAGCGACGCGUGGGUCCUGCAGUUCAGCGAGGCCGAGAACAGGCUGCUGAUGGCCGGCUGCAGGAAGAAGUCUCUGUCCAUCCUGAAGACCCUGAGGGACCGACACCUGGAGCUGCCCGGCAUGCCCCUCAACAACUACCACAUGAAGACCCUGCUGCUGUACGAGUGCGAGAAGCACCCGAGAGAGACCGACUGGGACGAGUCCUGCCUCGGAGACCGGCUGAACGGCAUCCUGCUGCAGCUCAUAUCCUGUCUGCAGUGCCGCAGAUGUCCCCACUACUUCUUGCCAAACUUGGACUUGUUUCAGGGAAAGCCUCACUCGGCCCUGGAGGCUGCUGCGAAGCAGACAUGGAGACUAGCGAGAGAAAUCCUCACCAACGCCAAGAGUUUGGACAAAUUAUAG